UCCCCUUGGCGCCAGAGCUGGUUCCUGGCCGCUUGGCACUGCCUGGGAGCGCAGUUCCUGAGGUCGCGCUGGCAGCCGAUUCGGGUGGUUUUCUCGAAAAAUCUGUAGCGGCUUUUUCACCCGGGUUCUGCUUGAGGCCAGGCUGAGGAGUGGCUGUUGGCUUGGGAGACGGAGCGGAAGAGCCAGCCGGGCAGGCCCGGCGCGAGCUCCCAGGGCCCAGCCGCGCAGGCUCAGACAGGGCCUCGGAGGAGAGAGGCCGGAGAAGGCGUCCUGCCCCGGAUCUGUCAGAGCAGUUCUGCAAAACGGGGCUGGGGUGCCGUGGAGCGACGGUGACGCCAGAGAACUGCUGGGAAGCGGUGGCUCCAGGUGGCACCCAAUGCUGGAGCCAGGAGUACCACCUUUUUGGGACACUGCCCUUCCCCAAAAGGAAGACUCAGGAGAAGGAGGAAUGGAUUCUAGUCUCUACACAACUGGGCCCCAGGGAUCCACACCCUUCAGCAGCGGGACUGUAUCUUUGACCCAGGAUGGGUGGAGGAACCGGGUCCUACUGGACUGGAAGAUUGUAUCUCAGUCACCACCCCAACAAGCCAUUUCUGAAGAAUCAUUUCCAAACCCGAGUAUAGAGAUGGCCCCUGGAGAGUCAGAGCACAGAAAGGGUGAACUUGGUAAGAGCUUCAGUCUGAGACCAGUCCUUUCACUACAGCAGAGAGUUCCUAAAGAAGUGAGUCCUCACGAACGUGAAACACACUCUAAGAGAUUUAAGAAUUUACAAGUAAUUAAGCCUCACAGAGUGGGAGCGUACACAUGUAAUGAGUUUGGCAAACCCUUCAGCUACUGCUCCUCCCUUUCUGAGAAGCAGAAGAGCCACACUGGGGAGAAACCCUAUGAGUGCAGUGAGUGUGGGAAGGCCUUCAGGCAGAACUCCUCUCUUCUUCAGCACCAGAGGAUCCACACGGGAGAGAAGCCUUACAAAUGCAGUGAAUGUGGAAGAGCCUUCAGCCAGAACGCAAACCUCAAAAAACACCAGCGAACCCACACUGGAGAAAAGCCCUACAAAUGCAGUGAGUGUGACAAAGCCUUCAGCGACUCUUCAGGCCUUGUUCAGCAUCAGCGAAUUCAUAGUGGAGAGAAACCCUAUGAAUGCAGCGACUGUGGGAAGACCUUCCGUCACACUGCUAGCCUCACAAACCACCAGCGGACUCACACCGGGGAGAAGCCCUACAAGUGCAGUGAGUGUGGGAAAGCCUUCAGUUACUAUACAGUAUUCAUUCAGCACCAGAGGAUUCACACAGGGGAGAAACCCUACAAAUGUAGCACAUGUGGGAAGGCCUUCACUCACAGUACACACCUCACAGACCAUCAUAGGACUCAUACAGGAGAGAAACCCUACAAGUGCAGUCAGUGUGGGAAGGCCUUCAGCCAGAGUAUACAUCUUGAAAGCCACCAGAAGACCCACACUGGGGAAAAGCCAUACAAAUGUAAUGAAUGUGGGAAAUUCUUCAAGAAGACCUCAGCCCUUAUUCGACAUCACAUUAUUCACACUGGAGAAAAGCCCUACGAGUGUAAUGAGUGUGGAAAAGCUUUUAACCAGAGUUCAACCCUUAGUCAGCAUCAGAGGAUUCACACUGGUGUGAGACCCUAUGAAUGCACUGAGUGUGGAAAGGCCUUCAAGUGUAGGUCAGCUUUCAUUAGACAUCAGAGACUCCAUGCUGGAGAAUAGCUGGGAACACAGUAAGUAGGUGGAGAAAGCCCCAGAUGUGCCAACUCAUAACUCAACAUCUAAGUCAGGGCAGGUGGGUGGGGCUCCCAGAGAAAUACUGAGGGCUUGAUAGCAUCUGGGGAUGACAUUUGACUUUCGUAGUCUGUAGUGCACAGCCACAUGCAGAAGGACCUCUAAUAAAUACCUGGUCACUAUUUUCCACCUUGCAUGGGGAAGCUCAAGAGCUCUCUUUAACAUUUUCUUUCAGUUAGUAUCAAAGAAUCUUUGAGUCCAACUGUUAACUCAAAUUUAACUCAGUUUUGGGGCCGGCCCAUGACUCACUCGGGAGAGGUGUGGUGUGAUAACACGAAGGCCACAGGUUCGCAUCCCAUAUAGGGAUGGCCGAUUAGCUCACUGGGUGAGCGUGGAGCUGACAACACCAAGUCAAGGGUUAAGAUCCCAUUAAUGGUCAUCUUUUAAAAAAAUAAAAAUAAACUCAAUCAGUUUUAGAGAUUUACCUUUAUCCUGACAGUGGGCCUGAACACUUUAUGUGGCAAGCACUCCAAAAGCCUUGGUUUAUUAGGGAUAAGUGAUUAAAUCGAGUGAAGAACUUGGUUCUUUACAUGAAGGUCAGGAAUUUUUCCCAGUGUUUGUAAUUUCUCCCUGAAGUAAUGAGAACUACUGCAAAAGGAUGAAGAGCAUUGGCAAGAAAUGACUAGUUGAGAAAUAUUAAGGUAUCCAGUUUGGGGGAGUAAAUGCAGGUGAGGAAAAGGAUUCUAGGGCCAACUUUAAAGUACUCGAAUCUUCUUGGAGAUGAAAUACUCCUUAAUGCUGGAAAGACAGGAAAAUACACAAAAGUACAGUUAGGUGCGAUGUCCUCUUGUGAACUCUUACAGAGAAAGCAGACCCGGAGAAUAGUGGGACUGAGAAUAGAUGCUGCUGCUAAUGAACUCCGUCAGCAAGAAGUACAUCCCAUUCUAUGGAGGCCUCAACAGGAAGGGCCACUAGAGCGGCAAGAUCUGAGACAGCCAUGCUUGGCUUGGAGGCAGGUCAGAGAUGGCACCUAAUUCAAAUUAUUCCUGAUGGAAAGUACGUUUCCUUUAGGAGAUGCAGAUUUUCACCAUAGGCUGCUUCCUUUCUGUCUUUCUAGUUUAACCACUGUUCUCACACCCAGUUGGUGUGGUCUCAUCUCAGGGCUUUGGCUAGCCAACCGUUGAAUAUUGGAGACAGGCUCCCAAUGAGUGGCCUUCAGUGUAAGGGAAGCUGCCUUAGCUUGGUUUCCUUGGUCCCUGUGCCUUGUAGGGCACUGGAAUGUUUCCCGUACCAUGUGGAGUUCAGGUACUCCAUUCCAUCCUGAUGUGAUUAAAACCACUGACUUAAAAAAACCAUUUGCAAAAAUUAGUGAAGGCAAAGAAAUGAGAACUGUGGGGGAAUUCAAGUUCUUAAGGCAAUCAUUUCCACCUUCUUUUAGUCUGGUACCCACAAGCCCUUCCAGGUAGUGUGUUUCAGGCUGCUGAGGUGUAGUCUCUCACGAUACCAAAGUGUCUUGAGGGUCAUCAAAAAGUGAAAGGGACUGAUAAGCUCAGGCACUAGAAAGGUGGCUAGAACAAGUUGAGAGAUCUGGAAAACAGGUGACACAGAUACAUUAGAAAAUAGUCGCUACUGGGAUAAAGUCUAGAGAAAAACCUAUGAACCAGUUAGCAGAGGUAGGCUAAUUCCUGCAGCAAACCUGAGCCUCACUUUCAUGUGACUGAGGGAGCAGUAUCAAAGGGAAAUAAUCGUCAGGUUUCUUUGAUAUGUCGGUGAUUUUCAAUGUCAGCCUCGUCAGCCUCCCCCACCAUACAUGAAAUUCACCUCAGAUGGAAAGCUAUUUUCCUGUGUUCGUGCUGAACUUCAGGUUUUCUUUCUGGCCAAUAACAUUUUUCCUAUGAAGAGAUCCAUAAAGUGUCUACAGUGUGUUCCUU